CGGCCAUCGACGCCUCACGGUGAGCGCCGCUGACAACCGCGUCAACCCCGCGCACUAGGCACUGCCGGCCAUCGCUUCAGGGACCCGGAGCUCCCGCCGCCCGCCCGCCCGGCCAUCCAUCCAUCGCCUCAGCACCUCACGCAAGCCUUGUUAGUGAGGAGCAUGGAUUCUUUCGAAGCGGAGAUUACUGCGCCCACAGCGGACAGUGCUGCUGAGUCUCCCGUAGUAGUGGAAGAGCCGUUCUUCAGUACGUUGGACAUCUUUCUAUUCACUCUUAUUGCUGGAUUUGCAAUCUAUUGGUUUUUCUUCAGAAAGAAAAAAAUUGAAAUCCCUGACUACAAAACAUUACAGCCACAAGCACAAACAAUACGAGAAACCAGCUUCAUUGAAAAAAUGAGGAAAACAGGAAAAAACAUAGUUGUAUUUUAUGGCUCUCAAACAGGAACAGCAGAAGAGUUUGCCAACCGACUCUCGAAAGAUGCACAACGUUAUGGAAUGAGAGGGAUGGCCACUGAUCCAGAGGAGUACGAUAUGUCAGAAUUAAGUCGACUUACUGAACUAGAAAACUCCUUGGCAGUCUUCUGUAUGGCUACGUAUGGAGAAGGAGAUCCCACUGACAAUGCACAAGACUUUUAUGACUGGAUGCAAGAAACUGAUGCUGAUCUCUCUGGCAUAAAAUAUGCAGUCUUUGGACUUGGAAAUAAAACUUAUGAACACUUUAAUGCAAUGGGCAAAUACGUAAACAAAAGACUGGAGGAGUUGGGAGCAGAAAGGAUCUUUGAGCUCGGUCUGGGAGAUGAUGAUGGCAACCUGGAAGAGGAUUUCAUCAUGUGGCGGGAGCAGUUCUGGCCAGCAGUGUGCGAGUUCUUUGGAGUGGAAGCCACUGGUGAUGAUUCCUGUAUUCGUCAAUAUGAGCUAGUGCUGCAUAAUGACAUCAACAUGAAUAAAGUCUACAUGGGAGAAAUGGGACGUCUCAAAGCUUAUGAAAAUCAGAAACCGCCUUUUGAUGCAAAGAACCCAUUUUUGGCACCUGUGACAGAAAAUCGGAAACUGAAUAAAGGAGGAGAACGGCACCUCAUGCACCUGGAGCUGGACAUCAGUGGUUCAAAGAUAAGAUACGAGAGUGGAGACCACGUGGCAGCGUUCCCUACAAACGACUCCACCAUGGUCACUGAGAUUGGCAAAAUACUGAACUCUGACUUGGACGUAGUCUUUUCCUUAAAAAACCUUGAUGAGGAGUCCAGUAAAAAUCACCCAUUCCCAUGCCCAACCACGUACCGAACAGCAUUGUCACAUUAUCUGGAUAUCAGCAAUCCUCCACGCACUAAUGUCCUCUAUGAACUGGCACAGUAUGCAUCAGACCCCACAGAGCAAGAUUUUCUACGGAAAAUGGCUUCUUCCUCCCCAGAAGGAAAGUCACAAUACUUAAAGUGGGUGGUUGAAGCUAGAAGAAACAUUCUGGCCAUCCUCGAAGACUUGAAGUCCCUCCGCCCUCCCAUCGAUCAUGUCUGUGAGUUGCUGCCACGGCUACAGGCCCGCUAUUAUUCCAUUGCUUCAUCUUCAAAGGUUCACUCUGAUUCAGUUCACAUCUGUGCAGUUGUAGUAGAGUAUGUAUCUAAAGCAGGUCGCACCAACAGAGGUGUUGCAACAACUUGGCUACAAAACAAGGUGCCAACGAUUAAUGGUCACAAGCCCACUGUCCCAAUGUAUGUAAGGAAAUCUCAGUUCCGGCUGCCCUACAAAUCGAGCACGCCCAUUCUCAUGAUCGGACCUGGCACGGGCAUCGCUCCCUUCGUUGGUUUUAUUCAGGAACGAGCUUGGCUGAAGCAGCAAGGGAAGGAGGUUGGCGAAACUGUGCUGUACUAUGGCUGCCGGCAUAAGAACGAGGAUUACCUUUAUCAGGAGAUGCUGGAGCAGUUCCAGCAGGAUGGUGUCCUCACUCAGCUUAAUGUAGCCUUCUCCAGGGACCAGGGCGAGAAGGAGUAUGUUCAACAUUUGCUGAAGAGAAAUAAAGAGCAUGUGUGGAAUCUGAUCCAGAAGGAGAAUGGGCAUAUUUACAUUUGCGGUGAUGCAAAGAAUAUGGCAAGAGAUGUCCAGAACACAUUUUAUGAAAUUGCCGCUGAACUUGGAAACAUGAUGCAUGAACAGGCUGUUGAUUACGUCAAGAAACUGAUGACAAAGGGCCGUUACUCAUCGGAUGUGUGGAGUUAAAGUGGAAAGAAGGGGCAGUAAGCCUUUGCUGCUUUGUGCAUAUGAACAGAAUAUCAGAUGUUCACAGUGGGUGACCUACCAUAAUCAAUGCAAAGAUCAUUAAAUGAAACGAUUUUUUUUUUAAACAAUUUGAAACCUGUGAAGAAAAUCCUUGUGCUUUAUUCAAUACCUUGCUCCAUUAGAAUUGAUCAAUAUUUAACGUUAGAUACUUUCUGUAGCUGUCUUUUAAAAAUUGCUUUGAAUUACAAAUACCCAAAUUCUGGCAAAAUUGUUUUUGAUAGAAAUAAUUAAAAUGGUCAGCUGCCACACACAGUGGAGUUUGAUUCCCAAGGCCAAGUACAGUGUGGGCCUUUCCUCUGUUUAUUUUUUACUUCAAUAUCGCAAAUAAAAUAUGGGAAAAUGUAACAAGUAACAUUGAAAACAGCACCAGGUUUUCUGUAGAGAGGAUCAUUUCACAUACAUUGAAUAGGCCUUUUCAUUUGUGUAGGAAGGAACUGCAGAUGCUGGUUUAAAACAAAGAUACAAAUAGCUGGAAUAACUCAGCGGGACAGGCAGCAUUUCUGGAGAGAAGGAAUGGGUGAUGUUUAUCCUUCUCCAGAGAUGUUGCCUGUCCCGCUGUUACUCAGGCCUUUUCAUUUACUCAGUUACUAUUGUAUCUCCAUCUGCUCUUUGUGUUUUGAGAGGAAAGUGGGUGCUGGGCAAGGUUCUCAGACUGCAUUAAACCCCAGAGUUUUCUUUGUUCUUUCAAAUUGGUACAGUCUGCAGAUUUUUAUUCAGCACCCUAUAACUAACACAAACGUUACUAAAUUAUGCUGAUUUAUGGUGUGCUUGGAUCGAUGAACAUUAAUCUAGUUCCUAAUCCUUAGACAUGAAAUGUUAUCUCGUGUUAUCCUAACUAUCUUCAUAAGAUUUAAGAUUUGGUUUUGACACUUUAUUAGGAUGUGGUGUCAAUAGGAGCAAGCGCAACCUCUAAUCCAAUGUUUUACCUGGAAGCCCUCAAUCCAGACAUAAAUUCUGUAACUUGAUAGAAGACGCAAGCUGAGGUUAAUCUCCACUGCAUUGCUGCAGUACAUCAGUAAAAUAUAUUGUCCAGUCAAUACAACAUACCAGAGACAUCCAUGGCUAGCAAGCUCAUAUACUUGCAGUAGAGGAAAUAGAAUGGAAGUGUGAAAAAACUGAAGAGAUGCCACAAGUGAAAUUUGCAGACACCAUUCUAUGAAAAGCCAUCGCUCAAAGCCUGGCAUCUCUACACAACACAGCACUGUGAUGUAUUUCCCUCUGUUUUCUGUUGAUACUGUAAAAUCAUCUUUGGCUUAGAAACAUUAAAUCUCUGAAUCCUUGAUCCUUAAAGAAGGGCAAAACGUGGCAAACAUCAGAAAGCAGGUCAAGGUUCCCUUCAUUCACUUUAGUCAUGAGAUUCUUUUUUUUUAAUCUCAGCUGCAGUGAGUAAACUUUAAAAGAUCAUUGUUGCAGCAUGCAACUAAUGUUGCAUAGAUAAUCAAUUUCUGAUGAUUACCUCAGAGGCAAUAACUAUAAGUUCAGGUUUUAUAAAUACUUUUAAUUGCCAUGAAGAGUCAUUUCAUUUGAUUUGAUUUGAUUUCUUGAGCCUCAAAGUAAGUUUAUUGUCUCAUUUUCAAAUUGUCUGACAAGGUCGGAAAUCUGCUGUUGGGUCUCCGCCAAUACUUUGUGAGCUGACUGCUGGAGACCUGAGACGUGACCCUGAAUAACAUGUCCUGUUGAUGUUUCAUGUGUUUUUAUUUCCUGUUGCUCUGUAAUUUCUGGCCACCUCGUCCUUCCAUUGCCUCUGAGUUCUCAACAUCAACAUCCUUGACCCUCUUCUCAGUCUCCAAUGUUAUAUUGCUGCCUUGGGUCUUUCAGCUCUGCAAUUCUUGAUGUAAUGUUUAAUUCCCUUUUGGGUCUAAUUUGAUUCUCAUAGGAAGUGAUCAUUACUGACUAUGGGGCACUUCUAAAACUAAGGAUGCAAUUGAUUGGUACUCAUUUUUUAACUUGUUGGUAGCUCUUCAUCAGGCAACUAAUGCAAUUAAUUGGAUGUAGAAAGAUUUCUGUGAACACAUAUGAGUGACUCUUUGGGUAUUUAUUUGAUGUUCCUGUAAUUUUAUUUGAGACAUUUAGUACCCGUAUUUACCAUUUUAACUGGUAUUUUGGAGCAAAUUGCCAUUAUUAAAUCUUUAUCUUAAAAUUAUAAACUUUCAGGGGGAAGUAAAUUUUGCAAUUUAAUAGUGCAUCUUUGCACGUGGGUCCUUGAACUGAGGAACGCCUGAUUUUAAACCCUCUAAACUGCUCAUUUUGUCCACACCAAGCACUUUAAAAUUACCUGCGCUGCUAACCCGGUCACAACAAUAAAAAGGAAAACCUCUUGGGCUUGCAUGUACAUUAUGUAACAAUAAUCCGUGACUCAGAAUUUGAAGGAGUACUUUCUUUUGUAGGUUAGAAUCAUUCACUAACAAUUAAGGUCCAAAUAAGUGCCUUGUACUAACAUUGUGUAUUGUAAGUCAGCCUUUUAAAUGUGGGUUGCUUUAAUUAACUAAAAACAAAAUGUUUUUUUGAUAGCCUCAAAGAAUAGGCUCUUUGAAUAGCCUUUCCAUGUGUAGAAGAAUGGAAUAAUUUCUAUUGGUGCUUCAUGCUGGCAAAUCUGUUGAACCUUUUGUAAUGUGUAGUAAGAUUUUGUGGAGAUCAAAUAACUCUCCCAUGGUCUUUUAUGCAGCGUCUAUUUCCAUUGUUCACUCGUGUAUUAGACAUCCUAUACCUAUCCGAUUCCUUGAUUAUUAGCGGAUCUGUCCGUACACCAACUUAAACCUGAUGGGCUUGUCUUUGAAUAGUGCCAAACAGCAGUGCUAUUUUAGUUUCCUGCCUAAUGCCAGGCAAGGAAUGCUAAACUCUAGUUUUACUUUAUUGAAGAUAAUGGUCAAUUUUUCAAGAACAUGGAGGAAAAAGGCCAUCAAUGCAAUCUCUUGACUGGUGAUAAAGUAAAUACUGAAUACUGUGAUACUGAACAAACCAAGAGUGAAGAGUAGACGAGUUCCUAAGUCUCUAAUUGUGUUUUUAAAUAUUACUGGGCAAAGUUUAUUUGAGGCAGCACAUUUCUUAAUUGUUUGGAUUAGAUUUAAUUAACUGAAUGUAUGUCUCGUUGGGCGAGGCCCAAUAAGAGUGGAAUUGGAUGCUUCAUUUGUGGUAUGCUGUGGUGCCUGCGGAAAAACACUAAUUUCAACAAUGCAAAAAAUAUCGCAAGUUGGGCUAGAAAUGGGCAGUUUUCCAUGGUAUCAUCUGUGUUAACCACCUUCAGCAAGCUGGAGCAUGUCCAAACAAACAAACUUUAAGGGACCCAAUCAAACCAGUCAGUCAAACUACAGCAGUUUGUGAGAAAAUUACUUCAGAGGGAGGUAACUAAUAAUGAUCAUGAACUGAAUGCAUUGGGAUUAUUACUUAGUAAAUUGGCCCUGGUGUGUAGGAUAAUGUUAGUGUGUGGGAGUCACUGGUCAGUGAGCCAAAGGGCCUGUUUCCAGCUGUAUCUCUAAACUAAACUAUGCAGAAAACAUGGGAACCUGCCCUGCCCUCUUCUGCUUGGUCCUUCCUGAUCUAUUCUUUGGAAAGUAAGAUGAAAUUGCAUAGUAUUAUCAAAUAUGUUUGCCCAUUCAGUGACUACAUCCUUGUGUGCCAGCAGUUAGCAUUUCAUCCAAUCGGCAUAUUUCCAUAAUCCCUUUGUGUAUUGACCUCCAUCUUAAAUCUAGCUGGACCAUUUUCCUCGUCUCCGGGCGGUCCACAUUCGCAUCAGUCUGAGUAGAGUUUCUCCUGAAUUGCUUGUGACUUGCAUUUAUGACAGCUAAUUUUGGACUACCCCUGGGAAGAAAUGCCUAUACUGCAUUUUAAGAAAGAUGCUGAAGAGCUCUAUUGGGUUUCAGAAGCUUCUAGAAAAGAGCCCCCUUGUUUAAUCUUUGAAAGUUUAAAAAAAAUGUCUCCAUUAGUUUGAUCAUGGCCAUUUUAUUGAUUUACACAUUACUUUUUUUUUACAAUAUGCAGAGCAGAAAUUUACCCAGAGGUUCAGGUACUUGCACCUGAAAUCUAAUGAGAUAAAGAACUAACUCCAUCUUAAUUGGUGAAAGGCAUUACAUUGAGUUGACCCAAGUAAGUGCCUAUUAAUAUUACAUUGUUUGGAUCAUCACUUUGUAAUAGGGUUGGGUGAUCUGUACAUACUUUGGUUCAAUUUGGUCCAGACUGUUCUGUACUCAUUUGUACUGAUUUUCCUUUUUGGUUGGAAACUGGUGAUUAAAUCCACAUCUAAAAUGUAUCUUAAAUUAACAUACUGUAAACAGGAACUUGAAGGAACAUUUUGAGGUUUCAUUGUACACCUUUUAAGUAACCCCCGGACCUUAGUUCUGAACACCUUAUCACUUUGAGGUUCUGACAUCUGUUUGACUGGAAGGUGUAAAGGGAUGAAUUGGAUCUCUUGAGCAGUCAUCCCAGAUGGAUGCUCAAGUUAGUUUGGCCGUAAGGCUGCUCGCUCAGCAAAGCAAAUGACAUUACUUUUAAAGUAAUGAUAUUAACUUCUCGGACUAUCAAUAUAUUAAUUUUCAUGCUGGAGAAUGCAACUGGUACUUGCCUUUUCUCCAAAUGCCACAGGCAGAUGGACCCCAACUGCAUUUAUUUCCUUGUGAAAGGCCAGGGUUAUUUGCUCAGUUGAUUUACAUGCUGCAGAACCUCAAGCUGCCCACUUGACUGACUUGGUCUGAAUGUGUUUGUGCCAGGGCAUUGCUGAUUCCCCCUGAAUGACUCGUAACCUGUGGGAAGCUCUAAGGAAGCUAACAAUGGUCUUUGGGGAAGCUCCAGUUUGUUUCUGUGGCCGUCUAAUUUCUAAGCACAUUAAAUUGUGAGUGACCUUCCUGUUACUGGAGAACUGCCUGUCAUGGUGAGCCAAUUAAGGUAUAUGUUAGCGUCCAUGCAGCGUUGUACAAGUGGACCUGUUUGUAAUGUAGAAUUUUAGACACACGUUUGUCCUUGAACUCAUUAACCAUCUUGUACAUCAAUUAGAAAUUCUAUUCAAAUUAACAAUAUGUAUUAAUGUAAAGCCUUAGUGUUCCAUUACUAAUGAAUUUAUUUUUUUCCAGACAGUAGGCAAGCACAGCAUCAGUUUUAAAAUAUCUAAUCUCUCUUGACUGGAUGGAUAUAAGAUCAUUAUCUUUGUCUAACUCUCACUUGCUCUGGUUCCUAAUGGUUCCGGCAUGUUUUCUUUUUUGUGGACCUGUUAUCAUGUAAUUUGUCUUCAAAAUUAUUAAACAGUUUAUAAAAA